AUGAAAAAUCCUGCCUCACUGUCGGGGCUCCCGCCCCUUUUAUUGGUGGUAAUAGCGUGGGCGUGCGUGGUGGGGGCGGUGGGCGUGGAGGGCGUGGCGGGGGGUGCAUCGCAGGACUCCUGGGGGUCGUGCAAGACACCGGUGUGUGGAGAGGUGCAGAGGCAGGCCGAGGCACUCAUCAACCUCAGACUCUUCAGACGCUAUAUUGCCCAGACCGUGCUCCUCAUCAACACUCAGCUAGGCUUGCUGGACGAGGAGGUGGUCAAGACAGCUGAGGGUCUGACACAGUUUAUUGGUCCACAGUGUCCGGCCUCCCAUGAUCUUCUGCUUCAGGUCACCCAGACAGAGAACUUUAAUUUCAUCACGAAGGAUGACGUGAGAGACGUACUUACUGACAACCCGGUUGAGGCGGAGAGCACCACUACACAGCAGAUCCAUGACUCUCAUCACAUCAACAAAGUUGACCAGACAGAAGGUCAACCUUACAACUCUGACGAGGAUUCCAGUCCCACUACACAACAGAGUGAGGACUAUGAUACAGAGGAUGAGUCCCAGCACCUGCCAGCCACCAAACACACCACCGCCUCUGGCGUCUCCCGUAACGACUUACUCGAGCUCCAUGGUGGAUCCGGAAAAGCUCUGAUAGAGCAUAGCAGCCCAAAAGACGUAGGUAGCGGUAGUGGAAUUGAUAGCAGCAGCAGCACUGGCAAAAUAACCACAAGCACCAGUAAAAUAACCACCAGCAGCAGCAGCAGCAGUACGCAGCAAAGUGUCUAUGUGGCCCCAAGCAGACCAAAAGAGGAUGGCAGGGGUGGCCACGGAGUCACUGUUCCUGGUGGAAGCGGAGGCACUUUCGUCACCAGAGGAAGUAGCGGGGUUGGUCGGGGGACCUUUGUCCAUGGUGGAAGCAGCGGUGCUGGCCAUGGCACCUUUGUUGAUGGUGAGAGCACUGAGGAUAGCCACGGCACUUUCCUUCCUGGUAGAAGCAGUGUAGAUCAUGGUGGGGGCAGCAGAGGCAGCCAAGGCAGAGGAAUUCAUGGUGGGGGCAGUGGGGGUUACGGUGAGGGUGACCAGGGAAACAGAGGUCAGGGAGGGGGCGGCAGGAGCAUCUACAGCAGCGGAGGUCACGGUGGCGGCAGCCAGGGCAGCAGAGGUCGCGGUAGGGGCGGUCAAGGCAGUGGUCAUGAUGGACAUUACUCUGAAUGGUAUCAUUACUGCCGUGGCGUGAGGCGUGGUUCUCCACACUGGGUGCCUGGGCUGGACGAGUGGUGUGUCAUCAACUGCGCUAAUGGUCACUGCCCUUCCACACACUGUGUCUGCUAACUCUUUCACACACCAUCGGUGUUUUGUAUGCUGGACUGAAUAUACCAUCUACUCUGACACGUAUACAAGCCCUACAAGCUGAAAUUUCACACCACUACAAGAGCUACAUAAAAAGGGAAGAAUCCUGUGGGUGCAAACUCCCAGCUUACUAGGCAUGAGGUACUUGCACCACCACUGUGCCAAGGGUAUUAGAGUGUUUGUAAUUCAGAACUUAGUCCCCUUACUGUGAAAGCCCCGUUGAUCUUAUAUAUCACAUUUUACACAACUCACAGUGCUAAGCCAGAUGCAAUAUGCUCGUAUAUGUUAACAGGUAUAUAGGGACACACAUCCUGCUCCCUAGAUGCUACGAAGAUAUAAGUAAAGAUGAUCUAAAACUGUCUUGUGGAUUCAGCAUGAGUAGUGGAAUACAACUCUCUUUCAUGUCCCUCAGGUAGGGGUAACAUGCCUCUCCCUGCAUUCAGUGCGAUAACAGUUUAAACCCUCAAACUUCCUCCCUUGUAAUACUGGUUCUAGUUAGUGGCUUUAAGGAGAUACAGGUCAGAAUGUAUUCAUUCUUUCCUGUAAAAAUAUAUCACUUAGUAUAUCAUUGUUUAUAUUCACUCAGUAACCAUCCAGUUACUAGCCAGACGCAAGUGUGCUCACUAUAACUCAAUGAUAUGCUUAUUAAUCACAAUAUUUUAGUGCCAUUUCCAGGUAUAUUAUAUCUAUACUACCGCAGACUGUAAUUAGUAAGUAAUUAAUGUGGAUCAUUAAUGUCUCAGUUUAUAAUGUUACAGCAGCCAUCAAAUUUACAGAAGCCCUAAGUUAUAUCUGCAUUUACAAACACGGCACUUUAAAAACCAUUUACAAAUACGGCACUUUAAAAACCAUUUACAAACACGGCACUUUAAAAACCAUUUACAAACACGGCACUUUAAAACCAUUUACAAACACGGCACUUUAAAAACCAUUUACAAACACGGCACUUUAAAAACCAUUUACAAACACGGCACUUUAAAAACCAUUUACAAACACGGCACUUUAAAAACCAUUUACAAACACGGCACUUUAAAAACCAUUUACAAACACGGCACUUUAAAAACCAUUUACAAACACGGCACUUUAAAAACCAUUUACAAACACGGCACUUUAAAAACCAUUUACAAACACGGCACUUUAAAAACCAUUUACAAACACGGCACUUUAAAAACCAUUUACAAACACGGCACUUUAAAAACCAUUUACAAACACGGCACUUUAAAAACCAUUUCAAGUUUUAUAACCACUGAACCAGAAUACAAACUUGGCAAGAAAUAAACACGAUUUAUUAUAAUGUCCUCUAUACAAACUCUUCCAUAAGUAUGAGAACCAGAAACAUGAUGAGUUAGUGAGCUUGGGGACCCCCUAUUAUAAUUAUUAUUAUUAUUAUUAUUAUUAUGAUAGCUAAAGUAAAUUGCUAAACUCUUGUGGGCUAUUAAGCACUGUCAUCAGUUCACAACUAAUCUUAUAAGAGUAAAUUUAUAAGAUUGUUAACUCCUGUCCUGGGUCUUCAACUAUCAACAAACAACCACUCAAGAGUCACCUUCUCCGAAGGACAACAGCCAACUAAAUUUAUGCAAAUUUUUGAUAUGGCAAUUUUUAAUUUUACCAGGAAAAAAAAAAGUUGCCUGGCAACCUAAGACUUCAAUUUUAUGUAACGAAAAUUGCUGAA